UUCGCUUUCGUCUCAACACACCGACUGGCUUCCACACAGGUCCCGCCGUUCCUUACGUCCGUGACGACGACAGCUCGGAUCCACUGCAGUAUCAAAAUCCCACUCCGCGACGUACUCGACCAUCGCGCCAAGGCAGACUGUGGUGACUCUUUCCCCACUAGGUAGUCCGCCAGUGUGCAACUUCACCAAUUGACGACUGUCAUCGCUGGGCUGAAGUUCCUUCGGGCGCCGGGCAAUCCGGCUUUUCUCCAUGUCCGCCAUGAAUUCCACGCUGGACGACGAGGACCUGGCACUGUCGAUAGCACCCACACCCGCCGAGAAACGUCGCAACUCGCGAGAUGAACGACCGCAGCAGCCCCAGCAGCCCCAUCUGCAGAGUGGCCCGCCUGUCAUGCGCGCACCUUCAAGCCACCAACAGACAAAGGCAAUGACGAGACUGGGACAGUACAAUGUGGUCAAGACGCUGGGCGAGGGCUCAUUCGGCAAGGUCAAGCUCGCGACCCACGCCGUGACUGGGCAGAAAGUGGCAUUGAAGAUCAUAUCACGCCGGAAAUUGGUGACGCGAGACAUGGCUGGACGCAUCGAGCGCGAAAUCCAAUACCUCCAGCUGUUGCGGCAUCCACACAUCAUCAAGCUCUACACUGUCAUCACGACGCCCACUGAUAUCAUCAUGGUGCUGGAAUAUGCUGGUGGUGAGCUGUUUGAUUACAUUGUACAGAACGGCAAGAUGCAAGAGCGGAAGGCGAGGACAUUCUUCCAACAGAUAAUAUGUGCGGUGGAGUACUGCCAUCGCCACAAGAUUGUACAUCGCGACUUGAAACCCGAGAAUCUGCUUCUGGACGAGCAGCUCAAUGUCAAGAUUGCUGACUUUGGUUUGAGCAAUAUCAUGACUGACGGCAACUUUCUCAAGACGAGUUGCGGGAGCCCAAACUACGCUGCUCCUGAAGUCAUCAGCGGUAAGCUGUAUGCAGGACCUGAGGUCGAUGUCUGGAGUUGUGGUGUGAUCUUGUAUGUCCUUCUUGUUGGACGCUUGCCGUUCGACGACGAAUACAUACCAGCACUGUUCAAGAAGAUCGCUCAAGGUCAAUAUCACAUACCGCCGUUCAUAUCGCCUGGUGCUGCUCGUCUCAUCAAAUCCAUGCUGCAAGUCAAUCCAGUGAACAGGAUCGGCAUUGCAGAGAUUCGGAUGGAUCCGUGGUUCCAAGAAGAUCUUGCCGAGUACCUAUCUGUUCCCCCAGAGGACUUCUUCGACACUGGGGUCGACCCCAACAAGUCCAUCGACCCAUCCGCACUGGGCAAGGGCAAACCUGCCGUCGUUCAGGAAAAGAUUCACCAGAGUGUCGUCGGGAAACUCGGCAAAACUAUGGGAUAUGCCGCGGACGAUGUUCAAGAGGCUCUGCAGAAAGACGAGCCCAGUGCCAUCAAGGAUGCGUAUCUGAUCGUGCGCGAGAAUGUUAUUCAAGCGUCCAACCCUGCUCUGCAGAGGGCGAUUCCAGACUAUCCUAACUCGCCGCCCGUUAACGCCGGGAGCCUUCUCACAAUGACGCCGCCGCCUAAGAGGCAGCCUGGUCCUAGUGCGCAACGCAAGAAUGCACAUUCACCUCUCGACCAUCCACGGCACGGUUCGACGGGGUCUGGAUCCAUCAUGGAGGCACGGUCACCGGCAUCGACCAUUGCUAUUCUCCCAUCUUCAUUGCCAGACUACCACGCAGCUUAUAUGCGUGGUCACAUCAACAAGUCGCACUCGCCGACUGCUGGCGACGAUGAUCCACAGGACAAGCCGAGGACGAAGGAGGAGCAAGAAGCCACGGCGAGGCGCCUCAAACCACACAGCAGAAGUUCGACCAACCUGACACGCAGCGACAAGGCUGAUCUUGAGAUGACCAAGAUACCGGAGGGUAAGCCAAAGAAGCAGCGACCUACCAAAUGGCAGUUUGGCAUCAGGAGCCGCAAUUCGCCUGCAGAAGCAAUGCUCGCCAUUUACCGGGCCCUGCACAAGAUGGGCGCAGUGUGGGAGGUGCAGAGGCCCAAGGAUCCCGAAGCCGGCAGUAGUGAUGCCAGUCCGAACAGAACCCGUAGCAACAGCCCGGAGUAUAGUGAUUCGGAUCCAGGCUCCGGGACGGACCCCGAAUAUGCCACACACGAGGAGCAGGAACGCCGGCGAGCCAAGCGCAAGCAGAAUGGAGAGGGCAGUCGGGGCCGAGAGAGAUUUGGACGCUGGAAUGAUUAUGGCUACGAGAACAUUCCCGAGGAUCCGUGGUGCAUCAAUGCUCGAUUCAAGAAAGAGGACAUGUUCCCGCCUGGCUUCUCCCAUCCCGCGUCGGCACAUAGCUCGCAGGUCAACCUGCAUCAUGAGCAGCGGAAGAGCAGUAAUUCCACGGCAGUUUCUGGCACUGAGAUUGGAAGCAAUCCCAGUGCCGCUGGCAGUGCCGAGAAUGUGGGGGCGACGGGGCCUCGGUCAGGCAGUCGAGCGGGCUCGGUGUACAGCUACAUUGCGGGAGGCGAGGUGCCGAUACCAGAUGAGAGUGUGUGGGUGUAUGUGACGAUCCAGCUCUAUUCGAUCGAAAAGGACUUUUACCUGGUCGACUUCAAGUGCGCAGGGUACGAGAGACUGAAGGCGCGAUAUACGCGGGAGGCGAGUGGCAGUAACGAGAGCGAUGUGAUACGAGUGGACAAUGCGCCAGAGGGCUAUGACUCUGACGAUGUCGAAGUCGAUGCGGCAGGCGAGGAAUUGGUGGGGGCUGGUCGCAAUGCAGACGAGAAGGAGAUUACUAGUCCCUUUCCCUUUCUGGACGUGGCCAGCAGACUGAUUAUACAAUUGGCGGAGGCUAACGAUUAGAUGGAAAACACGACUGGCAACAGGACAACGAUGAUGAGCAUUUGGAGGGGUGGGGGACAGGGUACACUGGACACGAUGCUAUGACACGUGGGGCAUGGAGAGGCGCAGGUUCGAUAUGGGUGGGUAAGGUACCUUUGGCAGGCAGUGAGUGAGUGAAGAAGCACCGGUCGCGCACGGUCAGGCAGCACCGUGAUGGGCGGCGCGCGUAUGAGAGGAAAAAAAGUAGUUUUUAGUAGGUGAGGUAUGUAGGUAGUCG